GACACCUACACCUGUUUAGAGUGGCGGCAAAUAGGUUUUGUUAAUAACGUAAAUAGAAAUGUUAAUUGAUGUUCUUAAAACCUGUUAUUAUUCUUGAAUUAAUGAGAAAGCUUCAGUCUGUGCAAAAAAUUUAUAAGCAAAUCUGAGGAUGACUUCUUUGUGGCAACAUCCCUAUGUGAAUGUAUUCAAGCAUUUCAAUGUGUCAGAAUGGAAGAAAUCAACCAAGGAAGGAGAAGUGGUCACUGUUAUGGACAAGACCAUCAAAUGCACUGUAUACAGGAUCACAGGCUCAAUUCCAGCCAGCAACUACAUCCAGCUUCCAAAGACAUCCACACAGUCCUUGGGUCUGACAGGGAGAUACAUGUACCUCUUAUUCAAGCCCAUUCCAUCCAAAUACUUUGUGGUUCACAUUGACGUCGCCACACAAGAUGCCCUGGUGGUGAGGAUAUCAUUCUCUAACCUAUUCAAGGAGUUUAAGGCCACCUCCACCUGGCUCCAGUUCCCAUUUGUUUGCACUGCCACCAAGGGUUCAAUACAUGCCCAGACUGCAGUAGGUACCAAAGACAGAGACAAGAGUGGUCCAGCGCCAAUGUCGUCCAGGUGGACAAUGCUGUGCCUGGACCUGCAGUAUGUGUUGUCCAUCUACCUGAACAGAAGAUACUCCUACAUUAAGUCUAUAAAACUGUGUGCAAAUAUGCUGGUGAAAAAUAUAUUCACAAGUGAUUCGGAAUACCAGCCAGGUCUUACACUAGAUGAAGCCAAGAGAACUGGUUUGAUGUUACAAGGAAUAAAUCCAGUACCCAGGGAAAUGGCCUUUCUUUUACCUAGAGGACGCAACUGGCACGACCUGUAUGACAUCAUUAGAUUUCCCACAGACAGCAGCAAGGAGCCAUUUGAUUUACUACAGCUUAAGUCCAGCCCCCCUGUUACUCAAAAUGGUCCCCCAGGUGUGAUCAGUCCAAGGAGGUCAUCCCCCAGACAGGUAGAGGUCAGGAGGCCAUUCUCAGGUACUCACGGCUCUGCCAUAGACAACCUUACUAGGAGAGACAAGCCUCCAUCAAAGAAAGUUCACGUGUCUGCUUCACUGCCAGAGUUUGGGACAGACAGCACCACCAGCAUCAUCCCAGAGGAGAAUGGAGUACAUGUGUAUGCUCAUCCAAAGAGCAGAGUCAGCUUACACAGAGAUGGUGCAGAACAGGAGGAACCAAUACAAGCAGGGACCCGCCCACUAGGUCUUUUGCCAAAGGAACCAAAGUAUAAGAGUUUGAAGCCUGAUCCUAUUUUAAACUUGAGAAGACUGGUUGGAUUUGGAGGAGGCACCUGCAGAGAUGCCCUGUGGACCAGUAAUGGCAUCACCCUGGUCUACCCCUGCCAUGCUGUCAUAGUAGCCAUGAAUGCCAAGAAUGGACAUCAGAGGUUCUUCAUUGGACACACGAACAAGGUGUCCAGUUUGGCCCUCAAUGGCAAUUCCACCCUUCUAGCCAGCGGUCAGACAGGUCAGCAAAGCGUGGUCCGAGUAUGGAGGUUUCAGACUGGAGAGUGUCUGGCAAUGUUUAAAACACAUGUCCAUUCUCUGCACUGUCUCAGCUUUUCCCACAGUGGAGGUGUGUUGUGUGGAGUGGGAAGAGAUGGACAUGGAAAGACAAUGGUAGUAAUCUGGAACAUGUCCUGCGUGAACCGUGGUGGUGAGGUAGCUGUCAUGGCCAAGGCACACUCAGAUGUGGACAUAGUCAGGAUGAGGAUUGCCGCUUUUGAUGACACUAGGAUGGUUUCCUGUGGUCGAGACAAUGUUCGCCUAUGGCGCGUAAAAGAUGGCGCUCUGCGAUCUGCUCCAGUCAACCUCGCUGAGUACCACACUAUGGAGUUCACAGACGUGACUUUUGAGGCAGGAUUUGAGCCACAGAAGGACCCGGUGGACAGAUUAGUUUACGCCUGUAGUAGAUCAGGUCACAUCUUUGAGAUUGACUACCAGAAAAUGGCCAUUCAUCAUGUGCGUAGGCUAAAACCCAAUGACCCCAGAACCAGCAGCAGAGACAAACAGACCUUCAGUUCAGGUAAUUGGAUGGUUUCCUGUGGUCGAGACAAUGUUCGCCUAUGGCGCGUAAAAGAUGGCGCUCUGCGAUCUGCUCCAGUCAACCUCGCUGAGUACCACACUAUGGAGUUCACAGACGUGACUUUUGAGGCAGGAUUUGAGCCACAGAAGGACCCGGUGGACAGAUUAGUUUACGCCUGUAGUAGAUCAGGUCACAUCUUUGAGAUUGACUACCAGAAAAUGGCCAUUCAUCAUGUGUGUAGGCUAAAACCCAAUGACCCCAGAACCAGCAGCAGAGACAAACAGACCUUCAGUUCAGGACAGCCAUCAUUAACAAUGAUAGCGUCACAACUGACGGGGAGCAGCAGCCAGUGA